AUGGCGAGCAGCGCACCGCUUCCCGACCAGCCACAACAGGCCACGACAGCUGAACGACGUGACCUUGAUGGCGAUGCGCUCCUGGUUGCUUCAUCCAAAGGCUGUGAACAAACUGUACAGCAACUGUUAGAGGAAGGCGCCGAUGUUAACGCGCAAAGUGGUUCGUACGGCAAUGCACUAUACGCUGCAUCAUCAGAAGGCCAUGAACGGAUUGUACGGCUGCUAUUGGAGAGAGGUGCCGAUGUCAACGCUCCGGGUGGCUUUUAUGGAGAUGGACUAUAUGUUGCUUCAUCGGAUGUCAAGGAACGGAUGGUACGGUGGUUGUUAGAGAAUGGUUCCGAUGUCAACGCUCGGGGUAAAAGCAAUUUUCUUCACCGAGUGUUGGAGGGACGUCCCGAUAUCAAUGUGCAGGCUGGCAGGCAUGGCAAUGCACUAUAUGCUGCUUCGCUGGGAGGCCAUGAACGGAUUGCACAGCUGCUUCUGGACAACGGCGCUGAUGUUAACGCGCAAGGUGGCAUUUGCGGAAAUGCACUAUAUGCCGCUUUGUCGAAAGGCCACGAUGGGGUUGUGUACCUGCUGUUACGGAACGGCGCUGAUGCCAACGCACAGGGUGGCCACUACGGUAAUCCGCUCCAGGCUGCUGCAUCGAAAGGCCUUGCCGGGAUAACACAGCUACUGUUGGACAAGGGUGCCGAUAUCAACGCACGAGGUGGCGCUUAUGGUACUGCGCUCCAGGCUGCUUUAUGGAAAGACCAUAAUGAGAUUGCGCAGCUACUGUUAGAGAAAGGCGCUGAUGUCAACGCGCAACAUGGCUCUUAUGGCACUCCACUCCAGGCGGCUUCAUUUGGUGGCCAUGAAGGGAUUGUCCGGUUGCUGUUGGAGAAAGGGGCUGAUGUGAACGCGCAAGGGGGCCCUUACGACAAUGCACUGUAUGCUGCUCUUUCGGAAGGACAUGUCGAGAUUGCACGGCUGCUGUUAGAGAAAGGUUGGAAAAAGUCGCUCAUGGCCACAUGCUGGCCUCAAUUCGACACUUACAUCGCUCAGAUAUCUGGACAAGUCCAUCCAUCUCUCGGUGGGGUUUGA